ACAGGGUUCGGCGUGCAGAGCGGCAAGCGAGAGACCAUAGAGCGAGGAAGAGGAAGGCGCCGGGGGGACAGAGAGGGGCUGGCAUGAGGCGGCUGAGCUGGCAGCUGUCGGAGCGCUGGCCGGACACGAGCAAUGCCAGCCUGACCCAGCCCCCAGGGCUGCUGCCGCCUGGCCGACACAGCGCCCGUGUGAGGCGAGUCAGGCAGGGAGCGGCGCCGGGCCUGGGCUCCUGCGCGGAGAGCGUCUGACAGGAAGCACUGGCCAAUCUCCCUGGCAUUGUCUCAGAAGUGGAGCCUCUGACCUCUCUUCUAGCAGGGGGUGAAUGGUAGCCUGGAUGGGACCAUCAAAAGUGCAGCAGCUGGGAACCAAGAAACAAGCAGGUGGGACAGGCUCUUGUGCUGUUAGCCUGAGUCAUCACUGAGAUACUGUCCACCAGCUGCAAAGGGUCAGUGUUUCAUGUUGCCAGAUGUUAUUCCAGGGGACCUGAGCAUUGGUUUCUUUCUCCCUCUGCUCUUAAGGCUACUGUACUUGGAAGUUCAGGAAACUUUCUGAUUCCAUCCCAUGUGAGAAGUGUUUGUAUCUUGAAGUCCCUGGAGUUGACUGGAUUCACAGAUCUCAGGGCUGAAGCCCUCUCUGCCUCACCUGUCAAGGAGCUGGGAAUGACUCUCCACAUCUCCAGGCAUGGACACUACCUGGGGCUCAUUUAAUUCUCUUUUCAACAUGAGCCAUAUUGCCAAAUUCUCUGAACUUUAUGGUUUAUCUCUGACAUUGUUACACACCCAUGACUGGGCUAGAUCUGUGGCCUACUACUGCCUUUAAGUGGGAAAUCGUGCCUCUCAUGCUACUGGAUCACUGUUUUCUAGCUCUCUCAGGUUCUGGUGCAUUUCUAGAUCUCCCUUUGUUCAGAUUUUUUGUGAUUCUAGAUACUUCCUUGUUGAAGAUUCUGCAUAUUGUUUCAUGAUAGCUCUGCCAUGCGUCUGGCUACUCUCCUUGCCUUCCUGCGGCCUGCUCUGCCACUCAUCCUGGGCCUCUCCUUGGGAUGCAGUCUAAGUCUGCUGCGUGUCUCCUGGAUCCAGAGUGAUGGGGAGGAUACUUGCAUGGACACAGGGGUAAAUAAUGGGCUGUUUGCUGGGAAAAUGCAGAAGGACUCCAUUGCUGGAGGAAGGUCAAGCCAGAAUGAUGAGGACUUCAAACCCAGGAUUGUUCCCUACUACCGAGACCCCAACAAGCCUUACAAGAAAGUGCUCAGGACUCGCUAUAUCCAGACAGAGCUGGGCUUCCAUGAACGGCUCUUUGUGGCUGUGCUCACCUCCAAGGCAACCAUGAACACACUGGCUGUGGCAGUGAACAAGACAGUGGCCCAUCACUUUCCACACCUGCUGUACUUUACAGGGUUGCGCAGCGCCAAGGUGCCUCAUGGUAUGGCGCUGGUGUCACAUGGGGACGAACGCCCAGUCUGGCUGAUGUAUGAGACCAUGCGCUACAUCCAUCAGCACUUUGGGGGUGACUAUGACUGGUUCUAUGUCAUGCAGGAUGACACCUAUGCCCAGGCCGAGCAGAUCAAGACCCUGGUGACGCACCUAAGCAUUAAUCAGGAUGUUUACCUGGGACGGGCUGAGGAGUUCAUUGGGGGGGAUGAACAGGCCCGCUACUGCCAUGGUGGCUUUGGCUACUUGGUUUCCCGGAGCCUGCUGCUCAAGUUGCAUCGGCAUCUGGACAGCUGCCGUAAUGAGAUUCUCAGUGUGCGCCCGGAUGAGUGGCUGGGACGCUGCAUCAUCGACUUCCUGGGCAUCAGCUGCGUCUCCCAGCACCAGGGCCAGCAUUACCGCUCCUAUGAACUGGCCAAAAAUGCAGACCUAGAGAAGGAGGCGGGUGAGGACUUCCAGGCGGCACUCACUGUGCACCCUGUCUCUGAGGGGACCCUCAUGUACCGAUUGCACAAGCAUUUCAGCAGGAUCCAGCUGGACAGAGCCUACCAGGAGAUCCAGCAACUCCAGAUGCAGAUCAGGAACCUGACAUCGCUGACACCAGCCCGCGAGGGUGGGCUGACGUGGCCCAUAGGCAUCAAUGCUCCCUUUGUCCCCAAAUCCCGCUUCGAGGUGAUCAGCUGGGACUACUUCACAGAGCAGCACCUCUUCUCCUGCCCCGAUGGCUCCCCCAAAUGUGAGCUGGCUGGAGCCAGCAAGGCUGAUGUUAGUGACAUCAUCGAGGCAGCGCUCCAGCAGCUCAACAGCCGCUACCAGCCUCAGCUUCGUUUCUACAAGCAACAAUUGCUGAAUGGCUACCGGCGCUUUGACCCCACACGGGGCAUGGAGUACGUGCUGGACCUCUUGCUGGAGGCUGUAACCCAGAAGGGCCACAGCCAUGUUCUGGCUAAGCGGGUGAGUCUAGUGCGACCCCUCAGCAAGGUGGAGAUCAUCCCCAUGCCCUAUGUGACAGAGGCUACACGCGUGCAGCUGGUGCUGCCCCUGACCGUGCAGGAGCUGGACUUUGUCAGCAACUUCCUAGACAUGUUUGCCAUGAACACGCUGGAUACGCAUGACAACGCCCUGCUAACCCUGCUCUUCAUCUACCAGCCUUAUGAUGCUCAGCGGGUCAGCCAGCUGGAUGUCUUUGCUGGGGUCAAAGCUAUGGUGGGAGAGCUUGAAAAACGCUAUGCAGAGGUGAAAAUCCCCUGGAUCAGCGUCAAAACCGAGGUGCCAUCCCAGGUGAAGCUCAUGGACAUAGUGUCGAAGAAGCACCCUGUGGACACCCUCUUCUUCUUGGCCAGCGUUUGGACAGAGGUUAACACGGAGUUCCUGAAUCGCUGCCGCAUGAACACCAUCAGCAACUGGCAGGUCUUCUUUCCAAUGCACUUCCAGGAGUUCAACCCAGUGCUGAUGUACCAUGGCGAGCAGGCCGCCUCCUCCAGCACCGACUUCCUGAGGGAUGGGCACUUUGACAGUCAUGCCUUUGCUGAGGCUUGCUUCUACAACUCUGACUACAUGGCAGCACGCACCAAGCUGGCGGCUGACAUUUUGGACCGGGAUGAAGUGCUGGAGAGCAUGGAAGUAUUUGAUGUCUUCCUUCGCUACUCCGGCCUGCACCUGUUCCGGGCUGUGGAGCCAGGGCUGGUGCAGAAAUAUAUGCUGAGGAGCUGCAACCCCCGGCUGAGUGAGGAACUGUAUCACCGCUGUGUGCUCAGUAACCUGGAAGGGCUCUCCUCCCGCUCGCACCUGGCCAUGGCCCUCUUUGAGCAGGAACAGGCCAAUAGCACCUGAAGGACCAGAAGCUGCCAGUGGUUCCCCAGCACCUUAAUACUUGCACCUUCCACCCUCCUUCCCAGCCCCAGUCCUGCCCUGGGAAAAAUGGGUGCGUGAGGCCAAGGGGCGGGCAGGGCAAUUGGAAAAUUUGGUUUAAUAGGAAAAGUGAUUAAAGUUUCUUCCCAUGCAAA